AUGCGCUUCACUGCUCUUCUCGCUCUCGGCGCUGCCGUCGUCGUCUCGGCCCAGUCUGCCACCACCAGCGCCGCCGCUCCCGCCUCGUCCCAGGAGACUUGCCUCAAGAACUGCGGCACUGACGUUGUCUGCAGGGCUCACUGCGCCGGUGUCCCUGUGCCCGACGAGGGCCAAGUCAACGACACCACCCAGUGCGCCAUGAAGUGCCCCCAGGGCGACGGCAGCCCCUCGGACACGCAAAAGUACUCCGACUGCGUCCAGGGCUGCAUCUCGCAGCACUUCUUCAACUCCCAGUCGGGCACCCCCAGCGCCACCGGCGGCUCCGGCGCCGGCGCCGCUGCCGGCAGCUCUGUCACGGCCACCGCCUCCAGCUCCAGUGCUGCCGUCUCCAGCGCGAGCUCCGCCGCCGGUAGCAGUGCCAGCAGCGCCGCCCACAGCUCCGCCAGCUCCGCCGCGUCCAGCGCCUCCAAGACCGCCGAGGCUUCGCAGAGCAGCACCAGCGCCAGUGCCAGCGCGACUGCCACCAAGAAUGCCGCUGCUGGCCUGACUGGUGUCUCGGCCACCCUUCUCGGCUUCGUCGCUGCUCUCUUUGCUCUCGGAUCGGGAUAUGAACUGUUAGUCAAUCUGGUGUCAUAG